GAAGAGAAAGUCAAAGCACAGUUGAAGACGGGAUUCUGCUUCAGGUUCAUUUGAUACUCUGAAACUGAAAUGGCGACUGUCGGAGCUAUGAAUCCUUCAACGAUUGUCAUCCAGCUUCAGCCACUGACACAAACAGCAACUGUGACCAGUUCUUCUGUGCCUGUGCGCAUACAGCGUGUAGCAGGAGUUUCACCUCUUCAAGGAAUUCAGGCCUUUCUGAGAGGCCAACCGAAAGCCCUCGGGACUGUGCAGAUAAUGAUCGGUGUGUUGACCUUGUUGUUUGGAAUCGCGUCUAUAGGUUAUGAAAUGUUUUUCUUCAUCAACACUGGUGUUUCUUACUGGGCAUCUCUGAUAUACAUUACUGCAGGCUCGCUCUCCAUUGCUGCUGAAACCAAUAUUAUUUCACCAGCCGGUUUAUGUUUGGUGAGAGCUUCCCUCGGGAUGAACAUUUUCAGUGCUAUAGCUGCGGGCAUUUCCAUUAUUGUGAUUUCAGUAAAUUUGGCUUUUGCGCCCGUCUUCGGUUUCUGUGGACACCCUGAUUAUUAUUUUAGUGAAAGGACUCUCCUCUCAGGAAUCAGUGGUGUGUUGCUGGUGUUCGCCAUCCUUGAGUUCAUCUCCAUCUCCCUGUCUGUGUUUGCCUGUAAAGCCACCUCUUGCUGUAAACCUAAGAUUCCUGUGAACAGCAACCCUUUAAUUCAACACCCUCCUGCAGAAAUGCCCCCACAGUACAUUCAAUGUCCUCAAGAAGUCCCCGAACCAUGCUUUCAACAUCCUCCUGCAGAAUCUCCCCCAGCGUACACUGAAGCAAAUAAAUGUGAAUCAACAUGAAAAACAGGGCAGCAUAUUGGUUCUGCUGCUUUGAUGCUGUGACGAUUCUAGUUCCCUUGUGUAUCUGAUCUGAAUAAAUCACAUCAUCAGAUUAUGUGUAAAAUUAUCAGUCAUCAACAUAUCACUGUGUAUUUUACAUGUGUAGUUUUGCUACUAUCUAUGUGUAUUUUUUAAAUGUUGUUUGUUUGUAAAUACUGAUAAAUUUGAAAAAAAAAAAACUGAAAAACCACACUGAUAAUCACUUAAUCCUAAAAACCUAAGAAAUCCUAAGAAAAUCCUACCCUUCCUGCCUUUCUAUCAGCUGGAACCAGUCUGGCCAUUCUCCUCUGACUUCUGGCAUCAACAAAGCAUUUGCGCCCACAGAACUGCCGCUCACUAGAUAUUUCCUCUUUGUCGGAGCAUUCUCUGUAAACCCAAGAUAUGGUUGUGCGUGAAAAUCCCAGUAGAUCAGCAAUUUCUGAAAUACUCAGACUAGCUUGUUUGGCACCAACAAUCAUGCCACAGUCAAAGUCACCUAUGCCUUGUUUCCACUGACUGGUACAGUACGGUACGGUUCGAGUUGGUACGGGUCACCUUUAUCAGGCUUGCGUUUCCACUAUAAAGGGUACCCUUUUGGUGGGUGUGGUGUAUGACAGAAAGUUUCAGUCGCAUCAUUUUCGCUCGAGGAAAUGUCUACAAUAAAGCUGCACAGGUCGCUCACAUAUCAUCUGAAAAGCACUUCUCACAAAACAGAUGCUUUACACACACAAAUACUUCUGUAUAAAUGUUCAUCACUAACUUUUCUAUAAACAGGAGUUGAUUGUAACUGCAGAUCAAUGACCGUGUGAAAUAGCCUACUGUAACGUCUGUAAUUGUAUAAAAUAAAUAAAUAAAUGAACAUAUAUGAACAC